CGUCUCCCCAACAUAUUAAUACAUCGCUCAAUUCCCUUUAUCAUCAAACUAUGGAUUAUAAUAUCAACAAUCUUAAUAUCUUAGCUCCUACAUUCCACAACUACAACACUUAUUUUUGGCUCCGACUAGUAAUUCUUCCAGCUUUAGUAAUUCUCCAUGCAAAUGCAAUUUCCUUUAACCGCACGGAUUUCAGAAACUGGUCCGGCAUCGCAUUCGGCGGUGAUGCCAAUACCAAUACCACAGAUGGAGCCGGUCUUAGGCUCAACGCGGAGAAAAUCGAUGGCGUCGGCAGAGCGGUAUACGCUGAAGAGAUGCAGGUUUGGAACCCUCAAACCGGAAAUACGACGGCGGAUUUCGACACUACAUUCUCUUUCCUCAUGACAAUAAAAGAUGAUCCUCCUGGUCGCGGUGAUGGGUUUGCCUUCUUUCUAGCGAAAAACGGUUCUCAAGUACCACUGAAUGCUUGGGGAGGCUGCUUAGGGCUGAUUACCAAUUGCGACAACACGACGGUGAGUGGCCUUGUUGCUGUGGAAUUUGACACAUACAAAAACGUUUACGAUGCGAGCGCCAGUCAUAUUGCAAUCAACGUAAACUCGAUUUAUUCGGUGAAGAAUGUGACCUUGGUAACAGACUGGACGUCGGGAUCGAGAGGUUUUGCGAGAAUUUGGUAUACCUCUCAGACCAAAACCCUCUCUGUUAGGGUUUCUUACCGUGAGCAUGAAAUUUACGAGAUUUCUCAUUCAAUUGAUCUGUCGCAAGUUCUGCCUGAACAGGUAAAUUUCGGGUUCUCUGCAUCAACUGGUUAUUCUACGUCGACUAACGACAUCCUUUCUUGGGAGUUUAGCUCGACAAACUUUUCGUCAAUCCCGCAAGAUCUUGAAGAAGAUGGUGGUGGAGUGGAUCAAGUGCUCCUGCUGGCUUGUAUAGUUGGUGGCUCUUUUCUAAUAUUUCUUGGUGUUGCUUUGUUAUGUGCCUUUCGUUAUUGUAGGAAGAGAUCUCGAUUCGACGCGUCGAAUAUGGAUUGUGAAUUUGAGCAUGAUACGGGGCCUAAGAAGUUCUCUUAUAAAGAAUUGGUUAAGGCCACCAAAAAGUUUGCUGAAGAGGGUAAACUCGGUGAAGGAGGAUUUGGGGAAGUUUACAAAGGCUACUUGAGUUACUUGAAUCUAACCGUGGCAGUUAAAAGAGUUUCUAAGCGAUCCAAACAAGGAAGAAAAGAGUACAUGUCCGAGGUUAAAAUAAUUAGUAGACUCAGACACAGAAAUUUAGUGCAACUAAUUGGUUGGUGUCAUGAGAUCAGCAAAGAGUUCCUUCUUGUCUACGAGUUCCUCCCAAAUGGUAGCCUUGAUUCUCACUUGUUUGGAAGAAAAAGAAGCAUUCUUUCGUGGGAAGUGAGGCAAAAAAUAGUCCUUGGACUUGCCUCUGCACUUCUCUACUUGCAUGAAGAAUCAGAACAAUGUGUCCUUCAUAGGGAUAUCAAAUCGAGCAACAUAAUGUUGGAUUCAGAUUUCAACGCCAAGCUUGGGGAUUUCGGCUUAGCAAGGCUAGUGGACGAAGCCACUGGUCCCCGGACAACGGCGUUGGCCGGAACAUUGGGCUACAUGGCACCGGAGUACAUAAGCACGAGCAAGGCGAGCAAGGCGUCGGACGUGUACAGCUUUGGGGUGGUGGCGUUAGAAAUAGCAUGUGGGAGAAAAUCCAUUGAACAUAAUUCCGAGGAGGAGGAUAGGGUUUCUCUUGUUGCUUGGGUUUGGGACUUUUACGGAAGUGGAAGGCUUUUUGAUGUGGUUGAUGAGAGAUUAUACAUGGAAUUUGACGUGAAACAGAUGGAGUGUUUGCUGACCGUUGGAUUGUGGUGCGUUCAUCCUGAUCAUAAUCUAAGACCGUCCAUAAAGGAAGUCAUACAUGCCCUUAGUUUUGAAGCGCCAUUGCCUGAUCUUCCCAGAAACAUGCCUGUUCCCAACUAUCAUGCAUCUGAGUACUCUAAAAUACGACUUCCUUUAUCUACCAGUGAGCCCACCAUAACUUAUUCAUCAAUUUUCUUAGGCCGUUAAGCACUAUAGUACUACUCUUUUCGUCUCUUUGGUUGUUAUAAUUCCCUUAUUUUCUUGCUCGCAACUUAAUAGCCACCAUGGAAAUACACUCAUAUUGUGUUCGUACGUGCAAAGUACAUAUCAGGUGUUGCGAAAUAUAAAUGAUAUGUAUUGUAUAUUGUACAUUGAUUCUCUAAACUAUAUAUAUCUAAGCA